UGGCCCGGGGCCGCCAUGAGCCGGGCGGCGCUGGCCGAGGGGGAGCCGGAGGGGCCGGGGCAGGCGCGGGCGCGGCUCCCGUCGCUGAACUCGGAGGAGCAGGAGGAGCGGAUCGCGGCCCGGCGCCUCCGCAUCGCGGCCCGGCUGGAGGCCAAGCGCCGGGAGGCCCUCGGAGAAGAUCCAGAUGCGAAGAAGGCUGAGGCAGAAGACCUGAGCAGGAGCCACAAGCAGAUAGAAGAAAGCAGACAGAGGCUAGCCAAGCUGCUGAAUGACGGCACACAGCUAGUGACAAAUAUCCAGGUGGCUGCAGAUGCAAGGGAGACCCAGAGGAGGGCUGAGGAAGACGAACUGAAGCGACAGAGGCUCGAGAAACUGGAGAAUGAAUCCAAGACUAAUCAGGACAAGUUUGAAGAGAUCACCUCAAAAUGGGGCUCAGCCAAAGAGAAGACCAUCCCGCAGGACCUGUGGGACGUGCUCAACCAGCAGCAGCAACAGUGUGCUCUGCUCAUCGAAGAGAAGAACAAGCUCAUCAGUGAACUGCAGCAGGAGCUGAAAAGCAAAGAUGACCAUUAUGUGAAGGAUCUCAAGAAGCAGUCAGACGACAUUAACCUGCUGGUGGAGAGAAUGGAGGAGCAGAUCAGAAACCUAAUGAAAACUUACCGUCGGGAACUCACGCAGAUUGAGAAAGCUUUCGAGCUGGAGCGGCGAGAGCUGCUGAGCAGCAAUAAGAAGAAAUGGGAGCAAGCCAUGCAGGCCCACAACGCACAGGAGCUGGAGAACUUGAUCACCCGCAUGCAGACCGUGGAGGAGUACGAGAAGCAGCUGAAUCAGCUGCAGGUGAAGGAUGCCGAGGAAUACGCUACCAUCAAAAUCCAGCUGGAGAACGAUGUACAGAUCCUGGAGCAGCAGCUGCAGCAAAUGAAAGCCAUUUACCAGCUGAACCAGGAGAAGCUGGAAUACAACUUCCAGGUGCUAAAGAAACGGGAUGAGGAAAACACCAUCAUAAAAUCCCAGCAGAAAAGGAAACUCAACCGGCUGCAUGAUGUGCUCAAUAACUUGAGAAUAAAACUGGCCAAACAGAUAAAGCAAUUCCAGGAGGAGAACCAGAACCUGACGGCCGAUUACAAGCGCAUAGUGGAGCAGUACAAGGAUCUGCAGAGAACGAUGAGACACUUUGCCGUCGUUGAUGCCCAGAAGUUCCUGGAGAUCUGGCUGAUGAACGAGGAGGAAGCCAAAGGGCUGAUGUGGAAAGCUCUCGAGGCUGAUCGCGUCAUUCACACCCAGCAGCUGGGGCUCCCCUGGGUGGAGCCUGACUACUGGUUCCUGGACAACGUGGGCCCCAUCGUGCACCGCAAGGCAAUCAAAUCUGCCAGCAAGCUGGCCCAGGAGGUGAUGGCAUUAACAGAAAGCAGCCAGCAAGAAGAGGAGGAGGCGGCUGCGGAGGAAGGAAGACAAGAGGCGGCAGAGGCUGGAGAGGAAGUUAAACCUCCCCGGCACGUCUUGGUGAAGUCUGUCAAACACAUCCUGGAGCUCCUGUGCGACGAGUCGGGCUUCCUGAUAGAGAGCAAGCUGCUGGGACUCCUGCAGCCCCUGGAGAGGCACGAGCGCUCCCUGAUGAGGCUGGACUCAAUCUUUGCGGCCCUCGAAAUUGACAAUGAAGACGAUGUGUAUACGCUGGUGGAUUUCUUCUUGAAGUUCAAAGCCCAGCAGGUCGUCUCCAGCCAGAGUAAGGAGUGGGCAGUGGAGGAGGGCCCUGAAGACUUCCCUGUGGAUGCAGCGAAGGACGACGGGGGAUCCGCUGCCCUGAAGGAGGAAGGCACGGCCCAUCAGAGCUCGGCAGCGUCACUGUCCUCUUUGCUCUUCCAUCACGAUGACGUCCUCAAGGCCCUCAAAGCAUUUGUCCGGGACUUCCAGAAGUCGAGGGACAAGCGGCCGCAGGUGAAGAAGGUGAUGGAGGAACGGGACAACUCCAAGGACUCUGAGUAUUGGGAGGCCCUGGCUCACGUCAUCCCAGAGUCAAAGCUGAAGGUUUGGGAUGCGCUGGAGGCGGCAUUGGAGAAAUACUACUCCGUUCUGAGCCAGCGGUCGAAGCUGCUCACCGAUCUUGAUGAGCUCCAGCAGCAGAACACGGAGCUGCACAUGCUGCUGCAUCAGUACCUCACCUCCAAGGUGAACCAGGAGCUACUGAUUCCACCCACCCACGUGGUAGAGCUGAUGACGCCGUGACGGUCAGGAGGCCAGGAGUGCCGGCAGCCAGCAUGAGGUCCCUGCCGUACGCCCCUCCCCACGAGCCUGCGGUGCUGGAUCCGGGGCAUUCCCUGGAUGGCAGCGGCUGGAAUAAACCCCCCUUUAAAACAA